AUGAGCCGGUUACAAUCUGAGCAGAGCCACCAACACGCUCGGCGAGAAGCGCCCUCGUCGACUCGCGCCUCAAAAUUCACGGUCACGGGCGCCAGGAUUUCCCAUUUCAUGGACCAAGUUCAGCGCAGGGUGCCGUCGCUGUCGCCGGCCCGCGUGCUCGGCAGCAUCUACGGCAGCAGCAGGGCCGCCUCGUCGGCAUCACGGCCCAAGGCCUUGGACCCGAGCGCCGGUCCGGAUUCCCCCGCUUCGGUCAAGUACUCGUCCUGCCAGCCGUUUGCGACCUGCCAAGUCGUCGAGUCUUGGCUGGUCACGGCAGAAGAGCGGAAGCGGGCUGGAAAGAUGGCGCGCAAGAACAGAAAGUUUUCGCUGGUCAAGGAUGCCGACCAGCUAUGGUGA